CAGCUCUAAACAACAACAUCCUUCCUCAAAAUGAUUAGGGUUUAUUUAGACGUUAAAACAAGAAGUGCAGUUAGAUCAAGUAAAGCAGCAUAAGAAGAAGAAUAAGGAAAAAGAUGGUGCGAACCGCCAUCUUCCUUCUGCUGCUCAACACCUCGUGCUGCUGUGGUUACGGCUUUAAGAGCUGCUUUAUGUCCUACCCCGGGACCGGCAACAUGUGGUGCAGCAAACAGCACAUAGCUGACCUCACUGAUGUCCUGAGCAAGAUCCCAGAUAACACAACAAAACUUAACCUGCGCAAGAACAUGAUCAAGGUCAUCCCACCUGGAUCAUGGAGGCAUCUGUUUGGGCUUAAAUACCUGGACAUGAGCCAGAACAAGCUGGCAUAUCUGAAAGGAGGAGAAUUCAGAGACCUGGGUGUCCUGAAUUUACUCAACCUUAGCAGUAACAACAUCUCACACAUCAACUCUAAUAGCUUUCAUGGGCUAAGUAUGCUACAAACCCUGCUUCUGGAUCAAAACAAACUUGGCACAAUCUCUCUGGUCAUCUUUAAGUCCCUACCAGUGAUUACACAUGUCGAUCUGUCCAUGAACAAGCUCAAGUGGCUCAGCUGUGGGGAGUCUGGUGGAUCUUCCACUCUUCAGCGUCUUGAUCUUUACAGAAACAGCCUCCGGAGUAUUAAUGUGAGCUGUUUUCCUGCCCUUCAGGACACCACUCUCUCCUACAACCCAAGGCUGAAGCUAAAUUCUGACGUUUUUACCUCGAACCCCAGGCUGAAGAUCCUGCAGUGUAGGGGAAUAAAAGCAGGACAGCUGAUGGGACUCUCGGCAGAGACAAAGAGGAAUCUUUCUUGGGUCUCUUUUUCUCUGUUCAUAGAGAAAUCUCCAUUGACCAUAUGCGGGCUGCUGAAAGGAAUGGAGCAGCUUGAUAGGGUUGAGGUCAACUUGAAGAAUUCCAGGUUACCAGAGACGAACUCAAGCCUCCUGGACUGUGACACUCCACGUAUGGUGAUACUUAAUUUUGCAAAGCUCGAGAAUGUUGCCCAGUUAUCAUUUGGUAGGGGUAAUACGAGCCAACUCUACUUAAACAAAUGUGGUCUGAAGCAGAUAUCUCGUACUACAUUCGAGGGGUACCCAGGAUUGAAAAAACUGCAGCUAAACGGAAAUUCACUCGACAUUCAGCAAGACACAUUCCAAGGACUGACCCAACUUACGUUACUAAGCAUGGACAGCAGCAAAGUUCAUGACAUCAACCCCAACUGGUUUGUCCCCCUGAAGAAGCUGACUCGCCUGUCUCUCAUUAAUAAUGAAAUCACUUGGUUGACAUUUAAUGUAUUCAGCAAACUUACUAACCUUGAGGCGCUCUACCUGCAGUUUAACUUGUUGAAAUACAUCACCAAUAAGCCCUUCAGUAGGUUGCGGAGGCUACUAAAGCUCAACCUCAGCAUGAACAGCAUUAUUUUCAUUAAAGACCACACCUUUGAAGACCUGAUCAACCUCAGAAUGAUGGACUUAAGUGGGAACCGCAUAAAGAUGCUGUCAACAUAUAUUCUGUGUGGCCUGACCAAUUUGAGGAGAAUGGUUUUGUACAAUAACCGCCUCCAUUUUAAACACUAUGACGCCCCUUUCAUCAACCUAACUUCCCUUGAGUUUCUGGACAUGCUAUACCAGGGGCCCGGAGGUCAAGGCAUUGGCGUCAUUGGACCAAAUUUCUUCAAAGGUCAAACUCGACUUCUCGAGUUCCAGAUUGGAGAAAGCCUAAUGGUAGACUUCCACCGUGACGCCUUUGUUCCUCUAAUCAAUUUGGAAAUACUGUUCAUAAAUGGAGUGGCUAUGAAAAAUACCAACCUGAGCGCAGUAUUGUCCCCUCUGAAAAAGCUGAAAAAACUGACCCUCCACAGAGUAGACCUUGAUGUUCUGCCUGCCAACCUGCUGCCUCCUGAUAACACCCUGGAGUUUAUGAACAUUUGGUCAAACCACCUUCACACUGUGGACAAAAAGAUGCUGAAGGCUCUGCCAAGAUUGCUUGUAUUGACCGUUUCAGAUAACCCGAUCAGUUGUACUUGUGACAAUGCCUGGUUCAAGACCUGGGCCAUCCAGAACACUCAAAUACAGGUGCCCUUCUUUUACGACAUUCGGUGUGAUAACUACAGGAAAUUUCCCUUCCUGUGGCAGUUUGACGAAAAGGCGUGCUCCUUUGAAUACAUUUCCUUCAUCCUCUUCAUCUCCAGCUCUGUGGUGGACCUUUUGUUUGUAUGUGUGUGUCUGGCCUGGCAAACACAGGGCCCCACUCUGCGCUACCUUCUGCUUGUCCUCAGGGCAAAACUACGUGGACGCACAAGCGCCAAAUUCCAGUAUGAUGCAUUCAUCUCCUACAGCUCUAAAGACGAGGGCUGGGUGAUGGAGCAGCUGGUUCCCAACCUGGAGAGGCCUGCUGCUGGAUGUGCACCUGGGCUCCGGCUGUGCCUCCACCACAGAGACUUCCGACCCGGCGCUGCUGUUCUGGAGAACAUCGAGGCCGCCAUUUACGGUUCUCGCCACACCAUCUGUGUGGUGACGCGUAAUUUCCUGCAAAGCGAGUGGUGCUCCAUGGAGUUUCAGCUGGCCAGUCUGAGGCUUUUAUACGAUGGCAGUGACGUCCUGCUGCUGGUGUUCCUGGAGGAGAUACCUGAACGCUUCCUGUCUCCCUACACACGCUUGUGCAAGAUUGUUCGCAAGAAGACCUACCUGCUGUGGCCGGAGGAACCACAGGAGCGGAACACCUUCUGGAUCAGACUGAUCGAUGCUUUAAAAGACAAAGAGGAGGAGGAUGAGGAAGGAGAAGGAGGUGGAGAAUAUGAUAUGGCACGGCUAAUUGGCUAAAACAAAUGCUAAAUGUUUCAACAUAUCCAUAAUUCAAUUUUCACAGACCGACUGAAGCAUUGACGCAAUCCAACAUAAUAUAUAAACAGCAAUUUAGUGUUGUUGAGUUACUGAGUUAAACUUGUUGCUUUCCGUUUGUUGUGGCUUCUUGUUGACAUCAUGCUGCCUAGUAAAAAGCAGAACAUGUUCACAGCAGGGUACUUUCCAGAGAAGAAUAGAAUGGUCUUUUAAUAAUAGUGUGCAUUAAGUUGAUAUGUGAAGCUGGUUUCCAGUAAAAAAAAAGUGAGGACUUGGAAAGUUUUAUAAUUUCACUGUAAUUACCUUUUUUUGGGCUUUUAAAGUUUUGUGUGCUCUGUUUCAUGACAUGUUCUAAAGCGUGUUUUAUUUUAAGUAUAUUUAUCAUGAGAAAUUGGAGAAAAAUUUACCAGUUUAGUCCAUUUGACUUUUUUUUAGGGCAUUUUGUAGACUGAACCAAUCGGUUUUAAAAAAGGUAUUUUUAUACUAUAAAAAGCUAGCAUUGAAAAGUAAAUAUAUGCAUUUGUCCUAUUGCUUCAAGAUUACUUUGUGUUGGAAAAAAUGUAAAAUCAGGAGUCUUUAAUAAAAUAAAAACAAAGUGUCUGAAAA